AUGGAAGCUACUCCAACCCCAGAUCCACAAACCAAACCUUUAAGGAAAUGCUUCGUCAAAUUAGUAAUUAUAGGAGACUCAGGAGUCGGAAAGACCUCUCUGAUUCAAAUGUUUGAACAUAAUAAAUUUAACCAAGCAUUUAAGCCAACUAUUGGAGCAGAUUUUUCCAACAAGGAAAUUACAUUAGAUGACAGAGUAGUGACUCUAUAGAUAUGGGAUACUGCAGGAUAAGAGAGAUUUUAGUCCUUAGGUUCUGCUUUCUACAGAGGAGCUGACUGCUGUGUGCUUGUAUAUGAUGUAACAAACAAUAUGUCUUUCGAAAAUCUUCUCAAUUGGAAAUAAAUAUUCCUUACUAAGAGUGAACCAAGAGAGCCCCAUACUUUGCCUUUCUUAGUCCUUGGAAAUAAAAGCGAUGUAGACGAGGGUCAGAAAAAAAUAUCAGAGAAAGAAGCAAAGAAGUUUUGUAAUGAAAAUGGAGAGAUGCUCUGCUUUGAGACUAGUGCAAAGAAUAAUGUCAAUGUUGAGGCAGCAUUUUAGGCUUUGAUUGCUAGAGUAGUGAAGCGACAAGAUGAUAUGAAUAAGAUUCUCGGUGGUGGAGAUGGAUCUAAGAGUACAAUUCCUCCUGGUGCAAAGGUGGGCACAAAUAACAUGAAUAAGAGAGCUAAUAGAUCAACAAAAACGAAGGUAUAACUUGGCUAACUGGAGAAAACAGAAUAGAAGAAGAAUAACUGCGCUAAAUGUAAUUGA